AUCACCUUCCUGCUGAUAUCUAGCGGGAUCCUGUGGUGAUAUCACCUUAAUGCUGGAAUCAUUCCUGUUGAUGGAAGGGUCUUGCUGGGGAUUCUCUGGGGCCAUUCUGUUCAUCAUGGUUUUUGAAAUCUGAGAUGGAAGGCCUAUGAGAUAGGGAAUGCUGAUGAGGAAUUCAUUCGCUGGAUAGCAAUGUUUUCAAGGAGCCUGGGCUUGCUGUAUGACCUCUGGCAAGUGAGGUUAACCCCCAAUUCCUCUAUCUCAGCUGGAAAAUGAUUCAUAUGUUAUAUUAUAGAGAAAUACUCUAGCUGUACCUGUCAAAAAUGAAACUUUAGAAAUAACAGAAGAAAUUAUGUGUCAAUAUCUUUGUGACUCAGAGUAGAGGAUCAUCUCUUUGAUGAGAUUGAAGUGCAAUCUGUGCAUGAAAAGAUAGAGAUCAAAUGACUACAGAUUCCUUAUCAGAAAAAAAGACAGUUCUUUUCUUUCAGCACUUCAAAGAUUUUGUUCCACUGUCAACUUAGAUUCUUAUAUAGACCACUUGCCAUCACCCCCAAUCAACUCAGAUUCCAUAUCCAGGGAAAAUAUCUUUCAGGAAAGAAGGUGAAAUGAAGACAUUCUCAGAACAACGAGAAUCCGUGGACAAUAGUCCUGUUCUAUGGAAUAUUAAAGAAAGUUCUUCCCAAGAGGAAAAAUUGGAACUUCAAUAAAAAUCACACGUAUGGCAAACCAAUAUUACACAUAAGUUAAGUGCAUGGGUUCUGGAUCCAGGCAGAAUUGGUUGUCAAUGCAGAGCUCUCCAGGAACCGGCUGUAUGACCCUGGGAGAAUGCAAGCCUACUGCUCCCAACUGCCAAAUAGACAAGCUACUAUUGGCAAAUUGGGGACUUCCUAAAGCAGUUCUGGAAAAAUACCACAGUUUUGGUAUAAAAAAGAUGUUUGAAUGAUAGAGUGCCUUUUGCUCGGACAAGUCCUGGAAGGAAACAGUUUAUUCAGUUAUUUCAGAGGCCAAAUAGCAACAAAGCUGGUCCUACAUGGUAACAUCUCUCAACUUAGACUCAAACUAACAAAGUGAUGAAAGGAUCCUUUUUAUUGAAAGAGUCUGUUUCAGGAAGUAGGAAUAAAAGUAGACGGUUAUAUGGGCAGCACCUCUCCAGCAAGGCAUUUCUCUUCCUUGGAUGUUGCAGUCUGCACAAUUGAAAGAGCCAAUGGUCUGAUCAAUCGCCUCAUAGAGGAAAAUAAGAUGGAUCUGUUAGGAAUGGUUGUUGUGGAUGAAUUACAUAUGCUGGGAGACUCUCACCGAGGGUAUCUGCUGGAACUUUUGCUGACCAAAAUUUGCUAUAUUUCUCGGAAAACAGCGUCUUCUCAGGCAGAUUUAGCCAGUUCUCUGUCUAAUGCUGUGCAAAUUGUUGGCAUGAGUGCUACCCUUCCUAAUUUGGAGCUUGUGGCUUCCUGGUUGAAUGCCGAACUCUACCAUAUGGACUUUUGUCCUGUACCGCUUUUGGAGUCAGUAAAAGUUGGAAAUUCCAUAUAUGACUCUUCAAUGAAACUUGUGAGGGAAUUUCAACCCAUGCUACAAGUGAAGGGAGAUGAGGACCAUGUUGUUAGUUUAUGUUAUGAGACAAUUCAUGAUAACCAUUCAGUAUUACUUUUUUGUCCAUCGAAGAAAUGGUGUGAGAAGCUGGCAGAUAUCAUUGCUCGAGAGUUUUAUAAUCUACAUCAUCAAGCUGAGGGAUUGGUGAAAUCCUCAGAAUUCCCACCAGUAAUUCUGGAACAAAAAGACCUCCUGGAAGUGAUGGAUCAGUUAAGACGUUUGCCUUCAGGACUGGACUCUGUAUUACAGAAAACUGUACCAUGGGGAGUAGCAUUUCAUCAUGCAGGUCUGUCUUUUGAAGAGAGGGAUGUCAUUGAAGGAGCCUUUCGUCAAGGUUUCAUUCGGUUCUUGGCAGCAACUUCUACUCUUUCUUCUGGAGUGAAUUUACCUGCACGUCGUGUGAUUAUUUGAACUCCUAUUUUUGGUGGUCGACCUCUAGAUAUUCUUACUUAUAAGCAGAUGGUUGGUCGUGCUGGCAGGAAAGGAGAAGAUACCGUAGGUGAGAGUAUCUUAAUUUGUAAGAACUCUGAGAAAUCAAAAGGCAUAGCUCUCCUUCAGGAAUCUCUAAAGCCUGUUUGCAGCUGUCUGCAAAGACGAGAAGGAGAUGUAACUGCCAGCAUGGUACGAGCUAUUCUGGAGGUAAAAGAGUUUGCUAAAUUACCAUUUGCUCUUUUAUACCUAAAUUAAAGUGGUAAAAUAAUUAGUAAAUGAACAUCUUAGCUUUCUGGGUUUGUUGUUAUCGUUGUUUUUUGUUUUUUUGAGAUAGAGUCUCACUCUGUUGCCCAGGCUGGAGUGCAAUGGCAUGAUCUCAGCUCACUGCAACCUCCUCCUCCCAGGUUCAAGCAAUUUUCCUGCCUCACCCUCCCAAGUAGCUGGCAUUACAGGGGCAGAUUACCAUCCCCUGCUAAAUUUUGUACUUUUAGUAGAGACUGGAUUUGACCAUGUUGGCCAGACUGGUCUUGAACUCCUGACCUUAGGUGAUCUCCCUGCCUUGGUCAAAGUUCCAGGAUUACUGGUGUGAGCCAUGGCGCCUGGUGCUUU